CCGGGAUGUGUCUGUGUCUGUCCUGGGAUGUGUCUGUGUCUGGUCUGUGUCUGUGUCUGUCCCGGGAUGUGUCUGUGUCUGUCCUGGGAUGUGUCUGUGUCUGGUCUGUGUCUGUGUCUGUCCCGGGAUGUGUCUGUGUCUGUCCCGGGCAGGCUGCCCCUUGCGGCGGCUUUUUGCGCUUCAGGUCCGAUGUUGCUGCCGCUGUCGGUGGCGGCGCUGACGGCCGUUUACUACCUGGGCCGGUGGCUGAUGUCGGGGACCGCGGGCCGCGUGUCGAGCUCGGCCUUAGCCCCGGCCCCGGCCCCAGGCUCCAUGCGGGGCAAGACGGUGAUCGUGACCGGCGCCAACAGCGGCAUCGGCCGGGCGACGGCGAGCGGCCUGGCGCGGCUUCAGGCCCGGGUCAUCCUGGCGUGUCGCGACCCGGCCGCAGCCGAGGAGGUGGCCCGCGAAAUGCGGCAGCAAGACCGGGGCGACGGCGCGGCCUCCGGGGAGGUGUUGGUUCGACAGCUCGACCUCGCCUCACUCACCUCCGUGCGGGGCUUCUGCCAGCGGAUCGUGGAGAACAAAGACUGGAUGUCCUCAUCAAUAACGCUGGAAUUUUCCAGUGUCCCUACAUGAAAACCGAGGAUAGUUUUGAGAUGCAGUUUGGGGUGAAUCACCUGGGACACUUCCUUCUCACCAAUCUCCUCAUGGAUCUCCUCAAGCGGUCUGCCCCAAGCAGAGUGGUGGUAGUGUCCUCCAAGCUCUACAAGUAUGGUGAGAUCAAUUUUGAUGAUCUGAACAGCGAAAAAAGCUACAACAAAAGCUUUGGGUAUAGCAGGAGUAAGCUGGCCAACAUCCUGUUCACCCGUGAACUAGCCAAACGUCUGGAUGGUACUGGUGUCACGGUAAACGUGCUACACCCAGGCAUUGUGCGCACAAACCUGGGAAGACACAUCAGUAUCCCUUUACUUGGACAACCGAUCUUCAAGUUCGUGUCCUGGGCUUUCUUUAAAACUCCAGAACAAGGAGCAGAAACAUCUCUCUACCUGGCUACAUCUCCUGACGUUGAUGGGGUGUCGGGUGAAUAUUUUGGAGACUGCAAGCAGGAAGAGUUAUUGCCCAAAGCAAUGGAUGAUGCAGUUGCAAAAAUGUUGUGGGAUGAGAGUGCGAAAAUGGUGGGACUGAACUCACCACUGUAAAUAUUCUAUGUUGUAAAUAUACAUUUUGAGUAGAUUAUUGACUAAUUGAAUUUCAAUAAAUCUUUGACUGUA